AUGGCCCAGGUUUCGGCCCAGCUCAGCCGCCUGACUCUCGCUGCGCGCCCCACGGCCUACAACGCCGCCUCUGAGAUCCCGUACCAGCGUGCGGUACGCCCCGGGCUGGGCACCCAGGGGCGGCCGGUGACUGUGCUGGCCAACCACUUUGGGCUCACGCUCAAGGCUACGCAGGCCUUCCACUACGACGUAGCAGUGUCGGCGCUGGACCCUGAGGGCGGGGGCAAGGGCGGCCCCGGCAGGAGGCCGCAGCGCAAGCAAGAGGACCCUGCGCAAGCCAACCGCCCUCUGCCGCGGCCCCUGACGCGCCGCGUGCUGAUGAAGCUGGCAGAGAACGAGAAGUGGGAGAAGGGCUGGUGCUCCGAUUGGGCCAAGAGCAUGUAUGCGCCCUGGGCCAUGUUCGGCGACAGCCCCGCCGCACCGCCGCACGAGACGUCUGUGCGCGUGGUGGUGGACCUGCCCGAUGGUGUGUCCAUGGACAAGACCUUCAAGGUGGUCAUCAAGUACGCAGCCACGUACGACCUGGGUGCCCUGGAGCGCCAUGUCAGGGGGGAGGGCACAGGGGGCCUGGAGGCCGAGGAGGAGGCCGCGGGCGGGCUGCGUGCUGCGCUGCAGGUGCUGGACGUGGUGUUGCGCAGCGGCAUCAGCGCACGCGAGAAUGUUGUGACGGUGGGAUCCUCCGUGCUGUUCAACGCCCCCGGGAGCGAGCUCUACAGCAACCUCGGACGCGGGGCUGAGGCCUGGGCAGGGUACAAGCAGGCCGUCAAGGUGACUCAGCUGUUGUGA